AUGGGUUGCAAACAUAGUCGACCUCGCCGAAUCCCCGAUGAUCACAGCACGGAGCAUGGAGAAAAAUGCGCUAAAGGUAAAACUUGUAAAUCGGAUCAGAGUUCUGAAGCCGAACCGGCAAAAUCUCUAAGAAAUCCUGUCAAAGAUGCCGAUCGAUAUUGCGCCUUUUACGAACCUCUAGUCGACGUGAAUAGUUUUCAGAAAGAGAUUAAAAGGAUGGAAGAAGAAGCUAAGAGAGAGAAAAAUCAGCAAAAGCAAAUACAAGUAAAAGCUUAA